AGAACCUUUGAAAGAAAUGGAAAAAUAUCGAUAAAAUGCUUCUCAUUUUUCUUUCCUUAAUUUCCCUGCAAGGAGUUAACCUGGUUCGACUUGAAUCUCUAUCUGUGCCUCCCCUGGUUCAGAAUGGAACUGUUCCCCACGUGGUGCUAGACUGUCCCUUCUCUCUUGGAGAAGAAGAGAAACGUGGCAUGGUGCUGAAGUGGUAUCUAAACUCUCAAACUGUUCCAAUCUAUCAAUGGAUACCACCCUCCCAUCCACAGGGGUUGGGAGCUAUGAGAGGGAAGAUAGAUCUAGAUUUCGAGAUUAGUAAAGAUCCCUAUACUAAGCAUAGAGCUCUUUUUCUGUACAAUCCUACUGUUGAUAUGUCGGGCGAGUAUACAUGCAAGGUUUCCACUUUAGAAAACGAGGUGUCGCUCUCUAGUAUGAUGGUAGUUUAUAGUCCACCAACACAGGUGAACCUGAUUCACAGGCACACUAGCUUCCAUUCGGUCAACAUAUCCUGCCUCGUAGACCAUGCGUUCCCUAGACCACAGGUUCAACUUUACCAUGGUCAGGGGCCCAGCAGAGUUCGAUUGAAAGGGGUGCAUCAGGUCACAGAUAGAUACAGGGAUGGUGCCUGGAAGGUCCUUGUGUACAUAAUUCUGGACGAUUCUUCACUACAUAUUGAAAAUCUUUUCCAGUGUGAGCUGGAGUUGCCUGGGACCAACUAUAAAAUAACAAGAUCUACUUUAUAUUCUCCAGGUUUUCCAUCAAUGCUAGCUCGAGCUAAUGGGUCUUCUUCCACGUCUCCCUAUUCUCUUGUAACAUGUUUACUUCUGCUUUGUACCAAAUUGUACUAACUUUACCUUAUACAAUAUUGUAUACUUCUAAAUCAACGAACAUAAGGUACAAGAUAAAUUUCCAAUCCGUCAAUUGCACGACACAAUUGCUUUCCCUCUUGCGCCAUUGCAUGGACCAAAUUUGCUUUAAUGUAAAUUCAAAUCGCGUAAAGUAUUAAUUGGCCUUUGUCGCUCGAAUUUAUGACUUAGGCGAAAGUAAAAUUCACUUUAAUUUCGGGAUAAGAAAAAUAAAUUUCGUUUUUAAGUCAGAAAGUUUUUUUCUGUAAACAAUACAAAACUAAGAUCCCUGAAGAUGG